GCAACGGUCAAGGGUGCAUUUGACGCCCUGAACCAUAAGCAGUGGCUUCACCUGGCCUGCCAUGGAAUGUCUAAUCGACGACAACCAUUUGAAUCUUCCUUCGCAAUGCGUGAUGGGCCUUUGAUGAUCACGGCCAUCAUCCGAUCCAACUGGCAGAACCCGCAGUUUGCAUUCCUGUCGGCUUGCCAGACUACUGUGGGUGAUGAGAAGAGUCCAGAUGAAUCGAACCAUCUCGCUGCGGCAAUGCAAUUCUCCGGAUUUUGCGGUGUGAUUGGUUCCAUGUGGUCUGUCAAGGAUGAGGUCGCACGGGAGGUUGUAUCUGGUUUUUACGACACCCUGAUCGAUGAUUCAAGGAGAUUGGACUGCACGCGCGCUGCAAUGGCGUUGCACCAGGCUGUGAAGAAACUGCGAUGCAAUGAUAUUCCACUGGAACAGCAGAUUGUAUUUGUUCACUUAGGUGUGUAG